CAAGGCGCAGUUGGCACCAAAAUUCAGAAUUUUAGAUAAGAAAAUCUUACAAACAUAACCCUCCAAUCCAUCAAAACCACACUUACCGGAUCUUGCCUUCUCUCCAUACCCACUUAACCAUUUCUAUAUAGAACUAUUCUUGGACUUGCCAUUUCUCAAUACAAAGAAACCUACAAUAAGUGUUCAAAAAUGGCCUCUUGGUAUCGAACUAUCACCUAUCCCUUUAGAAAAGCUUGCAGUACUUUCUUCAAUCAUCAACAGCAAAGAGACAAGAAGUCCCAACAAGGACCCGAGAAGAGUGUAAUGGAUUUGCAUGGAGAGGUGAUGGCGUGUACCUACGAGGAUGUUCAGGUGAUGUGGUCGAUUUUGGACAAGUCCAAAACCCAGAACCUGCAACGUUAGUUCUUGAAUUCAAUAUAUUUUUGCAUGUAUAUUAAUUUGUGGGGUCGGCCUGUUUUAAUUUUGAUUUUGAUCAGAAUUCAGACAGACCCCUUUACUUGGUUCAUUUGGCUUAGACUGAUUUUAUUUUGUUUUGUAAAUAUAUUGCAUCUUGUCGAUGUGGUGGGAAGAUGAGAAGCCCAAAGACGAGGUUUGAGAAAACCAAUUGGAGAAAGGAAAAUUAAUUACACAAGUUCCAUUAUGUUUUACUGUUUUUGCUCUGUAACUUCCUUUUUUUUUUGGUUAACAAUCAGCAGUGACGGACGCAGACAUUUGGAGGUAGUGGGACAAUCAAAUUUAUUAAAAGGUUACAAAAAGAAUUAUGUAUCCUACAAAAACACAUACAUAUGAUGACUAUCAUAGA